UGGUUUAAUUUCUCGAAAAAUACACGCAUUUCGGGACAAAUACUAAUUUUGAUGAAUUAAACGGUCGUCUCGCGACCUGAGCAGAGCAUUUAUAAAGUGCGGCUGACGUCACCCGGGGUUCAGUUGGAGCCUCCACCUGUUGGCCGACAGUUAGUUAGUGAUUUAACCAAGCGGUUUUUGCUGAUGUUUCCCUCAUCUGGUCUUUUUGCUGACAUAAUCUGUCCUUUCUCAAAAAGUGGGCUCUGUGAGCGGCCACACUGUUUGUACAAACAUGCCACAGAAGAACUGCGGGAUAUGUGUGCUGCCUCGUAUAAAUCAUCGAUAGUUGACUUUGCAGGCCGCAAUGGCUAUCCACAUGCUGUCUGUGGAGCACCAGCGAAUGAUGACACCAAAGAUGGCCUCCAGGAGCUGGAACGGAUCAAUAAGGAGAUUGAAACUGUAAGGCACGAGGUGGAGCAGGAGCAAAAGCGACUGUCCCGGUACCAGACUGUGCAGGCAGGCAGCACACACACUGCGCUUAAUUCUUCUGUUUCCAAGUCUGACAUUACAAGUAAAAAUAUGCACAGAGGUUCUUAUGGACUGUCUUCAUCCACAAAUGUUACUAAAACGUGCUCCCGAGCAAGGAAGUACGUGGUUGACAACUCAAAACCAAGGACUGAUUUGGAGUAUGACCCUCUGUCCAAUUUUUCUGCUGGCUUGCGUUCUUACAGCUCAUCGGGUAAAGAGCAAAAAGUGAAAAAUGGACAAGGUUUGAAAAGGGCAAGAAACGCUGUAUCUUGUGACCAAAAGAAGCCAGUCACAUAUCAGGCUCAGCUUUCCCGAUCUCCAGAGCCACUUGAUGACUCUAACGAAGACUGCGUCUUGAUUAUUGACGUUCCUCCCUCGCCUGACGAAAAGAGACUGCGAGCUCAGAAACCUGUUGAUUCUGUUCCUGGCAAAUCCCUCCAUGAUAAAGUUGAGGUAAUAAAGGACGCCCAAACAACAAAUAUUUUACUUGAUACUCCACCGCACCUUGCAAACAGUGAGGUGUGCAAGGUCUCAUCAACGGUAGAAAAAAACAGAGUUUAUAGUAGUUGUGUUGCUGAAAACAAUAAAGGUCCAUCUGAUCUUUAUGAGAACAAAGGAUGUGAAAAUAUACCCGUUUAUGGGCAUGAAGAUGACAUAACUGGAUGUUUAGAAGACCUGGCAUGUGAAAGUCUGAAAAUUAGUAAUCACUUUCAGGCUGCUGAAACACAAGUGGAGGAAAGUCCUGAACCUGCAAGUCCUGCUGCAACCACAGUCCAGCAAGAUCCAAACUGGAACAAGCUGGUGGUGGAAAAGGAAAAAAACAAGUUUCAGAUUGAAUUGCCUCUGUGUGAGCUGCCUCAUAGUGUUGAGAAAAUGAAUCCAGUGCAGCCACAUCAUUUUUCACCAAAGAAUUCACUUUUUUAUAAAGCCCCAGCCGCUAACCCAGACUCACCGUGCAGGCAACACACCAAGCAAACCCUGACUACAGAACAGCCAGCUCAGAACAGAGUUAGUAAUCAGUGGUCUUCCACAAAAUGUGUACCCUCGGUGUGGCCACACAGCCAGGAAACGUCAAGCAAAAUGCCAGGGCAGAUGCAGGGUAAAACUAUUCCACCUGAAAGCUGCCUGAAGCUGGCAGAACCAGCUUCAGGCAGCAGCCAAGGUCAGGCUUGGCACAAUUUGUCAGCAUCAAGCUUGAUGAACAGAGUAGAGUCAUCAACUGAGCAGCUUUUGGUGAAAGAAGAGGAUACUGAGGAUUUAAUAAUCAUUGAUUCCAGCUCUGAUGAUGAAAAUGAGCUCAACUAUUCAGAAAUGGAGCUGUCUGACAGUGACCCGAUGGAGGAAUGCUACAGGAUCUUCAUGGAGGCAAACAGUAAGGAUCAGGGAAAUGAAGAGCAGCCUGAUGUGUCUGUUGGAUCUACGGAUGUGGAGAAGCCGGAGUUAAACAGCAAACCCCAAGCAUCGUCAGGAAAGAAGAGGGUGGCUCAUGAAGCCAGAUAUACAGAGCCAGUGGCAAAGAGCAGACCUCAGCCCCAGGUGCUGGUUCCCCUAUGUGGGCCUGCGGUGUCAGGAUUUUACUCCCAGCCCUCCACCGCCUCCAAGUUCCAGCAGGUACAGCAAAGAGCCUCCAUGCUGGCUGCUUCGGUUAAAGGUGGUCAGGCUUUUGUUUCCUCCACCUGUGAGAAGAAGCCAGAGACCCAGAGUGCGCCUUCUCCUGCGGCUCAAACCCUUGAAAACGUGCAGCCUGCUCCAUUGCAAAAUGCUUACAUUAACUACGUACCUUUGGGAACUGCUGUGAUCGAAGUAGGCAACAACUUGCACUUGAUCCUCCCAGAGGGCGCCUUCCCUCUGCCCGUUACUUCCAGCUCCAGCCAAGUUACUUCAGUUCUAACCCCAAUCAGUCAAGUGCAUAUGAGCACUGUCGCCGUUAAACAAAUAUACCAUCCACCUUCAGUCACCCCUCUGCAAAGAUACCGCACAACAGCGCCUGUGCUCAUCCCUGCGCCGGCACGUAAACCUUCACUAACCUCUGCUUUUGCGUUGGCACAUUCAAAUCCGGCUGUUUCCACUACUCCUCAAACACCUGUCCAUGCUGCUGUUAAGCCAGUGCCUACUAAACGUAAGCUGAAGCAGCAGUGUGAGGCCACCAAAGACAAAGUGCCCCAUGACAUCCGUCAGCGUUAUAUUAACAUGUUUACGGAGGAGUUCCUCAAAACGACAGCCAAUGUUAACGAUGCCUUUGAGAAGGCUCUUGCUGAAGAGAGGACUGUGUAUAAUCGCAGUGUGAACAAACUCAAAUAUCUGAGUGUUGCAGUGAAUGCACUGAAGAAGCUGAAGAACCAAAGUGGUGCUGCUGUAAAAGAUGAAAAUGACGUGAGCAGCCAAAGAUUCAAAGGCAACAUUCCACUUAACCUGAAGAAGUUUAAAGGAAACGCAGACGAUAUGGCCUUUUAUGAGAGUUUAAAGGACUACAUUUUGACUGAGGAAAAGCUGAUUGAGAGCAACUAUCCUGUCCAGCACCCAGAGAAAUCUGGUUGUGCUGUUCUUUUUGCUGACAAUAAGAAGGGCAACGCAGACCCCCUCAAGAGGAUCUGCUGUCGGUGUGGGGCCACAUACUCUGUGAGCCAAACGGGCAAACACACCCGUAAGGAGGAGUGUAACUACCACUAUGGGAAAGGAGUUAAAAAUAAAGUGCCAGGUGGCGUGGAGACCCGCUACAGUUGCUGUGAGGGCGUCAUGGGAGCACCUGGAUGUCAGGUGUUUAAGUUGCAUGUCCACGAUUCGCUCAGCCUGGAUGGGUUUGUGUCGACCGUUCGCAGACAUCCCUCAGAUACGAGCUGUCCUGGGGUCUACUCCUUGGAUUGUGAAAUGUGUUAUACCAUUCACGGUCUGGAGCUGUCCAGAGUGACGGUGGUCAACUCUAGUCUGCAAAUCAUCUAUGACACCUUUGUCAGACCUGAUAAUGAGGUCAUCGACCUCAACACCAGGUUUUCAGGCAUCAGUGAGGAAGACGUGAAGGGUAACUGCACCUCCCUCAGAGAGGUGCAGGAAACCUUAUUGAGCUUCAUCAAUGCCGACACCAUUCUGAUUGGACACGGCCUAGAAACAGACCUCUGUGCCCUCAAGUUUCUCCAUGGUACGGUGGUGGACACAUCAGUGGUUUUCCCCCACCGUCUGGGCCCCCCUCACAAGCUGACCCUGAACAACCUCACUGCUGAAUACCUCAGGAGGAUCAUCCAAGAGAGUGUUUGUGGCCACGACACUGCAGAAGACGCUGCUGCCUGCAUGGAGCUUAUGUUAUGGAAGGUGAAAGAAGACGGAAAACUGAAAAAAUGAUGGAAAUAAAACCUAUUCAUACAGGGGUGGGGGGUGUGCUUUAAUGCAAAUUUGAAUGUCACCUUUAUUUUUGACACGAUGAUGAUGAUAACAUGGGAGGGCUGGUUUUUUGUUUUUUUAGUAUUAUUACAUCACUUGAUUUAUAUUAAUGCAAUAUUUUCUGUAUGUUAAAUUUUAAUUUGCAGCCCAUGUGUCAAUGCCUUUAUACAUAUCUGUGAUUGCACUGCUGUGUACUAAGAAAACAUGAAGGGGUGGGGUAUCAUCAGAAGUAUCAAAGUAAAGGCACAGAAUGAAAUCC